CCCCGCGCCCGCAGCGCGCUCGCCGCCGUGUGCGACCGCUGUCGCCCGUCGCACCACCCCCACCAACACCCGCGACCGGCCCGCAGAUAAGCGACGAACACUGUUGCCCGUGUAACACGAUAUCUUAACCGUUAAACCGCAGUCACGUGAUUAAGUUUAGAACAUAUACCGCAUAGAAUAAUUUUCUUGUAUUCACGACUAAGUAUUGGUGUCUAUAAUAAUUGAAAAAUCACUGGCAAAUUGAUAAGCGAGUCCCUUGUAUUUGUUAUUCGAUCACUCCAGGAACAGUGUGUAGUCCUUAUGAAACUGCGUUACGGACGUCGCCGGAAUAAUCACAUUGUAAACGUACUCGAAAUACCUCGGUUCCGUCGCCCUGAGCGGCUGGGCCGAACAAUAAAAGUACUUAGUCAUAUGGGUAUUGCAACACAAAAGCAAUGUUAAACACUAUCAACAUAUGAUUGACCUUAAUUUAGGAUGUAUAUUCUUGAAAAAAUGAAGUUUGAGUUAUUUAAAUUAUUUAUGUAAGAGGCUAUGUCGUAGAGCAGGCUCGGCACGCACAAAGACACAUUGGCCCGCAGAGGCUCGUGAACUCGGCGCGCUCGUGGUCGGUCUUCGCCCCGACAUAAGUAACCAAUUGUACGCCUAGUGUAACCUCUCUAUUGUAAGUGUAAGUGUGGCUGUGCACCCGCAACCUUCAUGUCUUCCGCUCCUACAAGUUAAUUACUCACCGCCGCUGAACAAUUCAUCUGAUACGGGUUGAAGAUCGACGCCUCGCAAUGCGGGCAAUGUGUGUACGACAUAACGGAGGGCUCCACGAGCAACCUGCUGAGACAAAUUUUUCAGAAAAUACUUAGAAUAAAACCAAAAGAAUCGAUUAAACGGUUUCCAUAUUUCACAGGCUACUAAGAUUUGUAUAAGGUAGAAAAAUGUUCCGUAUCGCGUGAGGUCGCCCUCGGAGCCCCCCGCCCGCGUCCCGCGUCACCCACAGUUGAUCGGAUUAAGUUUUUGAAUCUUGGCUUUUUGUUCAUCUGUGAUAUUUUAUUUCUGAUUUUACAUUCGUGAGUUACGUUUAUGAUUCGAAACGUCACAAAAAGACUGACUUUUUAUACACAAUUUUACACAAUUCAGUUUGAUAUUUUUUAGAGUAGGUAAUUGUGGAAUGCGCGCGACGACAGCCGCGAGCGGCGCCCGCGCAGCGCCGGUAGCAGGCGCCUCCUGACGCGUGUAAAUGUACGAACUACGAACGAAGCCGGAUACCUCGUUUUCCCCUAAAAUUAGAACCAUUUUUACAUCAUAAAUAUACUCAAAAAAUACUACUAAGUCAUAUAAUGUUCAACGUUUUACGUUCGAUACAUAAUUUCUUGGUUAGUAUCUCUGAAGUAACACAAUUUAUAUAAGUGUAUAGCAUAUAUAUUUUGAUCGGCAUUUUCAUUCAAUGCAUUCUGUAAAUCCAAACUAAAUAGAGAUUGUACGAAUUAUACAUGCUCGUAUAAUUAUGAACUUUGUUGUGUUUAUCAAAAUGGUUUCUGAAUCAACUAAACAUUUUAUGGAUUUUUCAAUAAUAAUUUCCCACCGAUAAUAGGUAAUUCUCGUUAGUAAAAAUUGGUUUCACGAACGAACAGGAUACGUCGUUCCAGGCUUCAUCAAGGGCACAUUUACACUCUGUACUAAAGCUGUAAACCAUAAACUAAUAGAUAGUCAAUCAUGUAUUUUGUGUAAUUUACAAGUUACCGCCUGCGUGAGCGCCCUCUGGCGAACUUACCGAUCUUAAUAGUCAUUUAUUUUCAUAAACACAUUUCAUGAGUCUAAUAAAUUAAGGAUUUAUGAGUAAGUUGUUAGGGAUAGUUGCGUCUGGAUCGAAUAAAUUCUAUUAGAAGUAUAUCGUAGUUGAGAAGUUAUCUAUUUUCCGCAGCGAGAGUGCGCACCGCGCCCCGGCGCCGGUACUUAACGCUGCCUCGGCGAUCUGUUGCUGCAGCUGUCUGUCUCGUUCUGUCGUGCUCUUUAGAGAUAGGCUAUGUAUUUCUGACCAAAUUGAAAACUUGUAUUUUGUAGCUUUAUCUUAAUUAACGUGUAGUUAAUCGAAAAUUUGUUAUGUGUGCGCGUUGACGGAGCAACACUCUUCAUGCGUAGACUGGCCGCUUCUUCGGCACGACUGCUGCUUUCCAUGACCCGUAGAGCUACUUCUGUCCCAAUCGGUGAUUAGCGUACCCUCUACCUCGACGCGCCGCGACGACCGCGCGUCGGGCGGCGCGCUCGUGCGACGCCUCAGCACCGCACCGUUUCACUCCCCACAAAAGAUUGAAAUUCGACUGAGUUAUGAAUAAACAUAUCAUACUAGAGCCCACUCUCGAGAGCAAUGUGAUUCCGAUGAUGCUGAGGCGUCGGACGAGUGACCCCUAUUGUUUCAACGAAUUAGUUCUUACUGUUUACAAAGCUUAUAUUUUGUAGGGCCCGCGGCGGAGUGCGCCCACGCGACAAUACAGAACCAAUGUAUAGAUAUGUUUAUGGCGGCGCCCCUCCGUCGCGGCCGUAUUGACUCUUGAAGAUUUAUACUGUUAUGUGUUGACGAAUAUAUUUUUAUCGCCGGGAGCGACGCGCGCCCGGGACAGUCGCGCACCAGGCCCAGGGCGCGCGCCGCCGCCGCUGUAUUUAUUUGUUCUGUAGGAUACGUCUGGAUGAAAGCUUGUAGCGUAGGCUCCGGUCGGGCGGAGCCGGUAAUGUAAGCACAGUAGGUGUAAGCGCGCGUUUAGUUGCAAGAGGGCGCGCGCCCGCCGCCGCCGCCGGCCCGCCGCCCGCCGGCCCGCCGCCGCCGGCCCGCCGCCGGAGCGCAGCGGCCGCGCCCUGAGGAACCAAUGUCCUAGGCUAAUCGAAUAUACAGAGGUCUAAUUACUUGUAAGUAGGCGAACCUGCGGGCUCCCCUUAGUGAUAAUAUUAGGCACUAACGUAAUGUACAAUAAAACACCCUCUCUGCCUUAGUGAUGCUAUUCUUACCCUUAAUGCUACGACGAAAUCACUCUAGAAGGAAAUUUAUGAUUGUAAAUAUGAAUUCUUACGGCUGAUGUAUCAUAUAUUGAGCACUAUGGAAAACUUAAAUUCCUAACAAUGGUCCAAACUUCACUCGCUUUUUUAUUUGUACUAUACGAUUAUACAAUUUCUAUAUAGAAUUAUAGAUAAAGAAUAAUAAUUAGUCUAGAGUUAAAACCUUAUGCUUUAAUUUUAUUUUAAUAGAUGUAAAUCAUGUAUUUGUCGAAAUGCUUAAUUUUCAUAAUCAAAGUUCUACGGAAAGGUCGAUACCAAAUGCAGUAUUUUUAUUUUGUACUCUACAUCUUUGUACCCGAAUAAAAGCAAUAAUCUAUACGAACGAGUUUUAUUUGCGUCCGCGUCCCUCGCAGCUGCGGCGCGCAAAACGACGACAGCGCUCUUUGUGCGCGUGUUUGUAAACAGGCUUAUCGCUUCCUGCGCCGCCGAUAUAGGGCGCGCGCGCCGCGGCCCGGCAUCAGUCGCCAUGCGGACCGCGCUGCUGUGCUGCCUGCUGGGCCUGGGCGCCGCCGUCAAGGUGAAGGUGGUCAUGCACUCCGAGCAGGACGAGUCGCGCGCCGACGACGACGAGCGCGCCGCGCCCACGCUGCUGCCCUUCCUCAAGGCGCGCGACGACGACGCCGCGCCCGCGCCCGCCGCCGCCGCCGCCCCCGCCGCCGCCGCCGCCGACCGCCCGCGCGCGCUGCACCCCAACGAGAUGAUCUUCCCGCUCAUCUACCGCCAGAGCCACAUCAACAGCAUGUUCAAGUUCGGCGAGAACUGGUACACCUGGUCCACGGAGAAGCGCACGGACGGCUCCAAGGCCACCAACUACUACAUCUGCUACGACGAGCCCAAGCGCUGCGACGAAAUCGGAUGGGAACGGACCGACGCGCUGCCGAAGUGCGCGUUCCAGAUCGACUCGCUGCUGCCCGAGGACCGCGCCUGCAUCAACCCCUUCGGCGUGGAGCCGCGCGCCGCCGGCUCCUGCGACGGCGCCGAGCAGAUGAAGGUGAGCGAGAUGGUGCGCGCGUGCGGGCCGCGCAUCCGCUCGCUGUGGCGCUUCCUGCGCGUGGGGCGCCGGCCCGCGGGCGUGGCCAAGCCCGCCGACGUCAACUCGCUCGUCUGCGAGGACGAGGAGGAGUGCUACCUCACCGUCGAGUACAGGAUCCACCACGACCGGAUCACGUUCUCGCUGCACGAGCCGACGCGGGGGCAGACGUUCAAGAGCGCGCUGAAGCGCGAGGCGGAGCCGGAGCCCGAGCCGCGCAGCCCGGCGCCGCCGCGCGCGCCCCGCAAGAAGCCGCGCGACGAGGAGCCGCCGCGCAAGAAGUUCCGCGUGCGCGCGCGCCCCAAGGCGGCGGAGGGCAAGGGCGUGCUCAAGGAGCGCAACGACUCGGGCUACGCCGGCCGCCGCGCCGUCAAAAACAAAAUCAAAAUCAGGGAGGACGUCUCCGAGGAUAUGUCGGAAUAGUCGCUGCUCUCGCGACCGCUGGAGUUUCUGACAUGUACGUCGCGCUUCGACUGGUGCCAUUAACUCGGAUGCUCUCGAGCCGGAGUGUGGAACGGCUCAAUUAAUAAUAAGUACAAAAUGAUGCAAUUUUUGCUGAUAAAAUUAUAAAAAUAUUUUAUUUACA